CCCCUCAAAUUGAACUAGAGCCACCAGCCACGGGGCUACAUGGGGUUAGCUCCACGGAGUCCCUGAUCUUCCUACUCCGAAACGAGUCAAGCCACUAAACACUAUUACCACCGCCACAUUACAACCCCUCGCUCCAAUUUUCCACCCUUAAACUCCGAAAAAAGCAAAUUCGGUUCAAUUCACAAACGCUCAAUCAUCGGACCAAGAAAUCCAAGAUUCUCAUUUCAGUUGUGAUUAUCAAUUCAACAGGAAGACUCCUUAAAUCCAAUACAGCCAAGUUCAAGUCUACUCCAUACAUAUUAGACUUGAAAUCUGCAAUAUGUCGGAUGUUGACAUAGGUUGUCUGGCAGAUCUUCAACACACAAGACAUUCUAUAACCCUAUCCAAUGGCAAGCGCCUUGUUCUUUUCCGUCUACCGAAAAUUGAUAGGUCAGACGCGGUAGCGCGCACGGUCGCAGAAAGUCCAGAUUUAUGGACCUAUUACGCGAUGGAGGCAGAGUGUCCCCAUGCCGGUGGACCGAUGACAGACGCUCACAUUGACAUCGAAGACUCAUCUUACAUUGCCUCUUGUCCAUGGCACGCGUAUGACUUCAACGUAGAGACCGGUGAGUCUAGUUAUGGCAUCAAAGCCUGCACAUUUCCGGUUACCUUACAAGAAGGAAGAGUGAGCAUACACAUCACAGAGGCCCAGAAUUUACAGCUCGCCAAGAUCGAACCUGUCAGCGAGAAGGUGAAAUUCAAGCAUGGCCCAAGAAUCGAACCCUCAGGCUCCCCUACAUACCUUGGCCAGGAUGCAAGCUUAUGUGGUUGGUGUGUUCACAUCUUGAACACGUCCAACCCUGAGCACAAGAUCGAACUUACUACCCAUCUCUUCUCUCUAUUCGCAACACGUGAACAAUCCCCCUCUCCCAUGCGGAUCGGGGCUGGUACGGUGAUACCUCCCCAAGAACCGCCAAGGCAUAACCUGACCCAGGUGAAACCGGGGCAGAUGCCUAAAGCUGGCAAGGGAGGUAGUGAAAAAAGCAGGAUUAUGAUGCUCCACGCCUUGGCGAACAUUGAGCAAUGGGCUAUUGACCUGGCUAUUGAUAUAAUGGUCCGCUUUGCCUCUUUCCAGACCAUUACAUCAAAUGGGGACGAUACUGCACACGAAUUACCACGGACGUUUUUCUACGAUUGGCUCAAGGUCGCCAAUGAUGAAGCGAAACAUUUCUCGUUAUUACGAGCGAGGUUAGAAGAGUUGGGGAGUCAUUUCGGCGCAUUACCAGUUCAUCAUGGGUUAUGGGAAUCCGCCAUCAGAACAGCACUUGAUCUACGUGCUAGGAUAAGCGUCAUCGCACUUGUCCACGAAGCCCGAGGUCUUGACGUAAACCCGCUCACAAUCGAGAAAUUCCGGAAUGCCCGCGAUGACGAGAGCGUCGAUGUCUUGACCAUCAUUCAUAAUGACGAAAUCACGCAUGUAACCACUGGACACAGAUGGCUUACUUGGAUAUGCCAACAGGAAAGCACCGACCCGGUUCAAGUCUUCCGAAGCAAUGUGCAAAAACACUUCAGAGGCGCCGUGAAGGGACCGUUCAACGCCGAAGCUAGACAGCAGGCUGGGAUGGACAAGAGUUAUUAUGAAAAUCUCUAUGGCCAACCUUGGAAAGGAGAAGUCAUCGCUGGUGGGUGAACGUAUCCGGUAGAGCGUCCGAAUUUGACCUGCGACCUGAUCUAGACCAAGCCUAUUUGGAUAGCACCUGAAUUUUGAAGGGACUUGUCCCCGCGUUCUGGCCAGGUGGGCAGCACCGUCUUCUGUAGUACGUGCUUGGCGUACCCAAUCCCGAGUCGGGUGUUCCCCAAUUCAGGGAGAUUUUCGCCCAUGACAUCUAGAAAAAAAGAGAUGCAGCGGAACUCUUGAUAUUAUUGUGUGAAAAUGGACGCUAAAGAAUCAAUCGAUCAAUAAAAUUGAACAUUGAAAUCUAGAAUCUGCUGGAAAGAGCUGAGUACAUACCUAACCUACUGAGGGCAGUGAGGGGUAGCUAAAUAGUGAGGCUGACACAGGAACAGGGGUAGGACCUACACUAGGAUUAUUUUUAGGCUAGAUCGGGUAGUAGAUAAGGCUUUA